UGCCCACAGUUAGCACCCAAGAAGUCACAGCAAAAGCAGCUGCCAGGCAAGUCGGAUCCCAGCGGAGAACAGGACACAAAGCUCAGCCGGAAAAAGACCACCAAACCCCCCCAGGCUGCCACUGCAGGCACAGGACAGCGAGCAGGUGCAGUGAAGCAGCAGCCAACAGCCAUGAAGAAGAAACCAAAGGCAAAGUCUGUGGCUGCCCAGCCCAGGAGUGAUGGAGCAAAGCCUCAGCGAGGUGCCAACCACCCCCAGGCCCCCAGCAAAGGGUCUGCAGGGUCCUCCCGUGCUGCCAAGCAUCCCCAGGGCCCUGGCAAGGCUGGGGGUGCAGGAGAGGGCAAAAGCAACAGCUCUGAGGGUGCUGGGGCCAAGGGGCCCCAAAAGGCUCCCAGGGCAAAGGGCAAGGGGAAGGCUCCCAAGGGGGCACAGCAGGAUGCUCCCAAGGCAAGGGAGGGUCAGGGCCAGGCAAGGAAGCCCAGGGAGAUGCCAGGAGCUGGGCAGGGCAAGGCCAAGCUGCAGAAGGCAGCUCCCUCUGCAAAGGGCAAAAAGGCUCCAUAG